CGCGCUGCAACCGUGUCAGUCAGACUCCUGCAACUCCCGCUGCCACAAUGAAGCUACUCGCGGUGGUGGUGUUUCUGUUCACCGUCGGCACCGUUUGCCGGGCGGAGCAGCAAAAGUUCGAAAACUACAAGCUCUACUCACUGUACGUCGAGGAUGACGAACAGGCGGAAGAGCUACACAACUGGUACGCCGACGGGAAGCUGGACUUCUGGAGCUACGGCACACUGAACGACAGCGUCACCGUGAUGGUGCAGCCCGAUCUGCAGGAAUACUUCGAGGCCAUGCUGGACGAUGUGCAGCUCGAAUCGGAGCUGGUAGAGGAGAACGUACAGUCGCUGCUCGAGCACGAGCAGGAAAAGCGCAACCUGCACAUCCUGAGCAAGCGCCGCCGGCCCCAGAAGGUCCCGCAGAAGCCGAACAGCACCCAGGGUGAGCUCGACGAGGAUGCGAUCGAUUUCGAGCACUUCUGGACGCUGGACGAGAUCUAUCGCUAUAUGGACCGGAUGGAGCGCCAGUACCCGAAUCUGGUGCGCGUGCUGAAGAUCGGGCAGACGUACGAGAACCGUUCGAUACUGGCGCUUACGGUCUCAAGAGAUGGGCAUAUCAAUCAGACGCGCCCGGUCGUGCUGGUCGAUGCGGGUGUGCAUGCGCGCGAAUGGGCCUCGCACAUGUCGGCACUGUAUCUGAUCAACCAGCUGGUGGAGAGUGCGGACAAGAAUGAGGAUCUGCUGUACAAUACGGAUUGGAUCAUUGUGCCGGUGGCUAACCCGGAUGGUUAUGUGUACUCGUACGAGACGAACCGUCUGUGGCGCAAGAACCGCUUUGCUGGCAAUGUGAUGUGCGUUGGUACGGAUGUGAACCGUAAUUUCCCAUUCCGCUGGGGCUACACUUCGCAUUCCUGCACGGAUGGAUACGCUGGCCGUACGCCCGGCUCGGAGAAGGAAACCCAAGCGCUCAUGCUGCUGAUGUCGCAGUUCUCGCGCAGCAUCAAGAUGUACCUAUCGCUGCACAGCUGCGGCGAAUACAUCCUCUACCCGUACGGCUUCACCUUCCAGUUCGUUCCGAAUGAGGCCGAACUUCACGCUCUCGGCACGGAGGCGGCCGAAGCGGUCAAGAACGUUGGCGGUCCCGAGUACAUCGUUGGGCAGGCAUCGGGUCUUCUGUAUCUCGCCACCGGUAGUGACGAUUUCAUCUACGGUGCGUACGGUGUCCAGUACGCGUACACGCUGGAGCUGUCGUGCGGAAACCGUGGCUAUGGUUUCAUCAUUGAGCCGGACCAGAUUGAGCCGAUUGCGGCGGAAACGUUCGAGAUGAUGAAGGUGUUUGGCAUGCACGCCGGCAGCCUGAAGAUUAGCAAGCGUCCGUAGAACCAAGCAAGAGAGAGAGAGAGAGAGACACUCACAUAAGA